AUGUUUCCAGGUGUUGCGGUGAUCACUGGUGCUGGUGGAACGGGAAUCGGGGCUGCAACGGCCAAGGCUUUUGCUGCUGCUGGGUGUGAGCGAAUCGCCAUUACAGAUCUGAAUGAGGAUUCUCUGCAGCAAACGGCAGAUGCUAUCAAAUCAACCCAUCCUAAUACACGGGUUCUGUCCAAAGCCGGAAAUGUUGCCGACGAUCACUUCGCAGACUCAUUGAUUGAAGAAGUGGUCAGCACAUUCGGCCGAGUUGAUUAUGCAGUGAACUGCGCAGGGGUGCUUGGGAAGCCUUUCCGAUCUGCAGAGACCUCCCUAGAAGAAUUCGACCGCGUCAACAGCAUCAACUAUAGAGGUUGUUGGCUCUCAUCGCGAGCAGAGCUCAGACAGAUGGCCUCGCAAGAAGGCCUCCCUAGCCACGACCCUUCCCGGCCAUCACAGAAAGGCUCGGUUGUCAAUGUUGCCAGUCAGUUAGGCAUCGUCAGUCGUCCCGGUGCCCCGGCGUAUUGCGGGUCAAAGUCUGCUGUCAUUGGCUUGACACGCGCAGAUGCAAUUGAUUACUCUCGGGAUAACAUCAGAGUCAAUUGUGUAUGCCCUGGUGUCAUCGAAACUCCAUUGGUUAUGGAGAAACCUGAGGUUCGGGCGGCUAUCCUGCCUGCUGUGGAAACUGCCCCAAUGAAGAGGAUGGGACAACCGGCAGAAGUGGCUGAUGCUAUAUUGUUCUUAUGUUCAACUCAGGCCUCGUUUGUACAGGGUCAUGCGAUGGUGGUGGAUGGUGGAUAUGUCACUGUUUAA